AUGUCAAUUGAAAAAACAGCUGUGAGCCGGCUUCUUGCAAAGUAUUUUUAUCAAAUAUUUUGGCAAUUUUUUAACUAAAACAUGGAUGAAAUAGAAUAUAAAUUGAAAACAAACAAUAGUGUGCUAAUAGUGAACGCGAUAGACAAGUUGUUAACGACAAUCAAAUCAAAAUAUAAGGUCGGCGAGCGGCAGAGGUUCGUCGUAGAGAAUGAAGAGCUCAAGUUCUUGAGGGAGAAGUGUUCAGCUCCUGAACACAUGGUGAGCUUGACGGCGUGCCAGGGUCUGCUGGCGCUGGUGGAGCUGGGGGUGCUGGAGAUAGCACACACCAUGUCUACUGUAGUAACCUUACUGCCUAGUACUCAUAACUACUCUGCAAUAAUCUCCACCAUGGCCGGUCUGCUGGUGCUGGACCUGAGGUCCCGACUGGUCCCAGGGCAGCCCUACAAGUGCCAGUUCUCCCUGCGGUCUCCGCGACACCCCUUCAUCACUGUGCUGGAGAAGAAUAAGGAGGUGGAGGAUGAUGUGCUGGCGAAGAUGCAUGCUCUGUGCACACAUCCAGAGUAUAUCAUAGCUUCCAACAGUCUAGAGCUGCUGCGCCCAGUGUUCCUCUGGCUUACAAGCAGUCCGCAGCGCUGCAGCAUCAAACCCUGGCAGCUGCUGCUGAGUCUGCCGCACACAGACGCCCAGUGCCAGCUGCUGCUGGCUUGUAUUGUCUGCCAGAAGAUCUGCAGUCCGCAGCAAAUAGAAUACGCCUUUGCUGCUUACUCAGCUGUGACGGAUGCAGCAAUAUACCAGGCGAGGCGCGAGCACGUGGUCGCGUUCGUGCCCGUGCUCGCGCGGAUAUGCGGCGAGCUAGUGACGCACGGUAAAGACCCCCGCGCGUGCUACAGCUUGAUCGAGCGAUGUUUCGCACUCGACGCACCUGAGCUGAAGAGCGUGGCGGGCCUCACACUCAUGUUGCUAGCAGAUAGCCUCUCCAAUACAUCUGCUCUGUAUCUGCACGAGCUGUUCAAUCUCUGUCUCAACAUAGUCAGCAAAUAUGAAUACUCCAAAAUAUGUCUCAGCUCAUUCGUGGGGCUCAGCCUCCAGUGGCUACACCUGCCUUCCUACCUCACCACCAACGCUCUGGGCGUCGCAGCCAAAAUACUGGACACCUUCCACAACAACGACCACGACACCGGCCUCCACAUGGCCAACCUCAAAUCUAACACCACCUUCGUAGAACUUGCACAUUCUGACAAAACUCUGUACACAUAUUUCAAGUUGUUAGAAACCUGGGAACGUUUGAGGGAUGACCCGGAUAAAUUGAAAAGAUGGUUCAAAGUCCUGGUGACUGUGAACGAUCAGUUGAAGUUGGAGAUGUUGACAUUUUUCGUUGGGGUUGUGAUGGAUGGCCAUGGGAAUGAGGAUGUGGCGCUGGAAGGGGUGAGGGCGGUGAUAGACCUGGUGAGGGUGAGGAGGGAGGUGUCGGUGACGGUGCUGCCGGUGCUGCUGUACAAGAUGGCGAAUGAUACGCGCCCCAGUGUCAAGUUGGAGUGCUUGAGGGGGCUGCCUUUAAUGGCUACCACCAAGGAAAACGUGCCAUCUAUAGUGUCAAUUCUCAACAAGUUGAAGGCCCAGAAGGGAGUGCCCACGUCACUCCUCAUUAUGCUGUAUACAAGGCUCGCGGAGACACAGGUGCGUUGUUUCCCCUACCUGCAAGAGUUGUUGGUGGAGAGUGGCGCGGGGCGGGCUGACGACCUCAAGUGGGAGGUGGACAUUGCUAAAGCUCUCGCCGUCGAACGAAUAUGCGAGAUACGUGCAUCAAGCCACGGGCUGGAGCUGGUGUCGGUCAUCUCGUCGCUGCUCAACCGCUGCACCGACAAGCCGGGGGCUCCGGCGGCGGCACUGGCGCUGGGAGCCCUCGCCCACCUGUGGCGCGGGGCCGCCGUGGCGCCGCCCAGCACGUGGCGCGCGCUGGAGCCGCGCCUGGGCCGGGACAACAGGCCGCAGGUGCAGCUCAGUCUGUGCAAGCUGCUAGCGGAGAUCCCGGCGCUGCGCGUGUCCAGUCCGGAGUACGACAAGCUGGUGAGGGACGCGGCGCGCCGGCUGUGGCAGCACGUGGCCGAGUCGCACCAGCCGUCCGUCAUACAGGCGGCGUGCGGCGCGCUCGCGCACUACCGCGUCGACGACUACAAGCUGAAUGAUAUCCCUGAGAUUUACAGGCGUACAGUCAAACUGCCGCCCGCAUAUUGCAAAACCCCUUCGGAGGCUGUCAGGAAACCAGAGGAUGUCCUGGAUUAUGUUCCUUGCGAAGUCUGGCCAGAACUGUUCAGGUAUACCAAUCAAGCAGCCUUGAAUGGCGUCCAUCAACUGGUUACCAAGUUGAUGGAACGAGAAAUCAGAGCGUACAGAAGUGGAGUGUACCAAGUUGAGGCCAGGGAGCCUCAGAGUGUGGGCUACUUGCCUGUCGCUAGCGUGGUCCGGGGGAUGAUGGAGUGCUUCAGAAAGCAAGUGACAUCACCAUCUUACGAAUAUCCAGAGUCAGUACUUCUAGCAAUACUCGAAGUUUUGACAGAAGACUACCCCAAACCGCUACCCCCGUUGGACUUCUGCUUCUUGCACGAGGUGUUUCACCGAGGCGCACUAUGGAAGGCCGGCUGCGUGAAGUUGGCAGCGCGACAGGCACACACUUCAGUAUCUGCCAAGAGGUUGAUCGAGAACUUCCUGCAGGGAAUCGGAUCGUAUUCAUCUGAGAAUGUUGCGGAAUCAGACAUAAUACUGUUCUUCGAAAACCUCCAAAUCUUCUGCAAAACUAUGCCUCCGAACAAUUUGCGGCCACCUUUAGAGAAGUGCCUCGGAGAGUCGUUUUCCGAUGUGCGCAGAACCAAACCAAAAGAUUUAGACAUUGAGGACUUGCUGUUUAUUAGACAGUUAAAAACCAUCAAACAGUGUCUGGAGAGUGAUAAAAUACAUGACGCCAACAGAACAUUGCUGUCACAAAUUGUGGAGAACUACUUCUCUUUGAUAAACGACGAACACUUGGCGUGGCCGCUGUACGUGGACACGUGUCGCGCGCUGUCCGCCAAGUACCUGGAGCGGAUGACGUCACCCGCGGGCUGGUGGGAGGUGUCGAGCGAGCUGCUCCGCAAGUCGAGCGCAGUGCGCAGCGCGCUGGCGAGUCUGCGGGACGUGUCCGCGCCGCUCGUGUGGCUCAACGAGUCCAUAGACGCGCACGCAUCGAGCAUCACAGAGCAGGAAUUUUCCCUGCGCUGCAUGCUGCCUGCGUUGCAAGCUGCCAAUGUAGAAGACAAGUCCACCCAGGAGUGGUUUCAGCAGCUCCUCGCAAGAACUCAAGUGGCGUUUAAUGAGACAGAUGACGAGAAAUCAAAGCUGUAUCUUUGCGACGUGUUCUUCCUGACGGUGAUUAUGUUCAGCGGCCACUGGUCCUUCGAGCCGGAUGCGCGUGUGCUAGUCUCGAACGGCGCUGUGAGGCGAGCGCUACUACCGACUGCUGCAGCGUUUUUGAUGUCGAGAGAUGGUUGGAAGGAUUGUACUACACAGAUGCUGGAAUGGUUGUGCCACACGCGCGACGUGAGCGCGCACGCCGACACGAAGCGUUGCUGCCACCGCGCGCUGCUGGCGCUGCGCCACUGCCAGCAGUUCACCGCGCAGGGGGUCUGGACCAGGAUAGAAACUAACUUUGGCAAUACAACUAACCUUGAAUAUUAAAUUGAAAAUAAUAACUAUACAACUUUAUGAUUAAUACAAAUUAUAAUGUAUAAUAUUGUAAGAGAUCUGCCAUUGUAAAUAAAUUAAUAAUAACAUUAUUAUUUAGUUACUAGUUGUUAUAUUUAUAUUAUAUUCCAUUAUUCCAUUAAAUAUGGUACUUAACAA